CUUGGCUGUCGUGACAGCCCCGAAGUUGACUUCUCGCAACUUUGCCUCAGCCGAUUCUUUAUUUCUUGUUUCAUUUUGAAGAACUCUGCUCACACUGAACCUUUAAUCUCUUCCUAUAUUUUGUCGUGGUCCUCCAUUUGUUUCUUUUAUGACUCUGUCAUGACUUUGAGCAUUUGUGAUUCCAUUUUCUAAUUUUGGGAUGGAAUGAAUUUCUCCAAACCUCCUCUAUUUUCUGAGCUUCACCAUGAGCCAAAACUCCCCAUGGAUUCGUCCGUCAGGCUUUCCUCCAGUUGUUUGCCCUCCUCAGAACCUCGAGCAGCCUCUUUCUCUGCAAAUUUUGAAAACAGUGUAAAGCCGAUGAAUAUUUAUAGGGAUCAAGGGUCAAGGAGCAACAUCCACAUUUGCCAGCAGAGCCAACAGACGCCCUCAACAUUCACGCACGUGGCGGGUCAUUCAUCACCAAAGGAGAAUCGUUUACAGCCUGGCCUUGUGCCACCUGCUCCACGUUCUGCCACACUCUUCAUUAGCACUUCCAAGCUGCGCCGCUCCGGCCAAACUUCACCUUGGAGCGGAGACAGCAGACUCUCAGCUCGGCGGUAAAUGAUCAAGGUGUAUGGAGAGAGUCUCACUGGAGACAUCGCGAUCAUCUAACAACGAGUGGUGGCAGAAGGAGUGAGCAAAGACUUGACGGAGCGAGCUGGGAGCCAGAAGAGCGGUGACGGGGGGACCGGAGGGAGAGAACCGCCCCGGCGCAGAGAGAGGUAACACCAUCGAUCCGGCCUCUUAUCUUGACUUUCAUACAGCAGUCAAGUUGAACAGAUGGCUGCUGUUUCACUGUUCACCACUGCGGCGUUUUCAGUGACCAGAUGAAUCCGAAUUAUUCCGAAUAUAGGUUAAGAGAAAACGGAAUUUAUAAAAAGUGGAUAGGAGUUGAGAAGUUAACUUUCGAUUGGCAAAUAAAUGAAUUUAAAGACAUUUUUAUUUGAUAUCAGUUAAUAUUUCGAUACAGUUUUAAAAUCCAAAUGAUGAUAAUCUAUGAUUUAGAUUUAAAAAAUCGAAUCGAAAAACAAUAAACUCUAAAAUAAAGCUCUGUAUAUUUUUUUUUUACGUAUUAAAAUCUUUGUUAACAUUUAGUAGUAUUCACCUGCUGCUACUCACAACAUACAGAACAUCUUUCUGACCUUCACCGGGAGUCUGUGUUCUAAAAACAGCUGACACAUGCUCUGAGAUUUUGGAGUCAAACUGCUGUUUUCCAAACAUUGAGCGGAGUCAGCUGAGAUGUUUUUGUAGAAGGAGGCACCCAUGACUCGCUUUAGGGAGUUCUCUGAAGCGGUAGCGCAUCAUUAGUUCAGGAUGAGGUAUUUGAACAGACGAAACCACGGAUGCUUUUGUUUUGGUUUAAUGUUCAGUGAAUGUUGGAGAAAGUGGGGUUCUUCUCAACUUCCUUAAAGGGGACCUUGCAUCCCUUUUUUUUCCAAAGUAAACAAAUAUAUCAGGGUUCUCCUCUGGAAUUUUUCAAUGCGUAAGUUAGGAAACGGAGAAAUCACUUGAUGCCACUCAAAACUGCCGACUGAGAUGCUGACUGAGGAGCACUGUCACGGCUUCAGUGAGGAGAUGUUCUCUUCCUCCCGCAGUUGAAAAGUUGACUUAUCAUUCCCAUGAUUCUUUGCGGUUCACAUGCAGCUUUUUGACGUCACGUGAAGCGAACGCCAGGCAAUAUAUUGUCCAGACUUACAUUUAUAUUUAGAACAAAAUUACUCCCAAAUGGAUGAAUGGUUGGUUCACUCUCCACCAUUUGUAAAGGUGUUUGAUAUAACACUCCAGAUAACUCUGGAACCAUGGGAUAGCUCAGUGGUUACAAUGUUUUCAGUCACUAUUGAAGACGACCACGUGCUGCCCUUGAUCAAAUUCCAUGCACCCUGCAGCCUCUAUCAUGAAUUAUUUGAGGCUCAUCAGCGCUGCCAACCAGAGAAUGUGAAUUUACCAAAACAUUUUGACUUGGUUUUUCAGCCCCGUGAGGCAAGUGACCCACUAAAAAUUGGGAGCACAAAUUCCCAACUACUGAUUCAGAGUUUUUCAAUUCAGUCUUAGCAGGUUGGGAUUUAUGCCACUUGAUAGAGACUGUAGGACCAUGUUAUACAAGCCGCAGUAUAAUCUGACAGAUUGUACUACUCUCAUUAGAAUGAACUGACAGUGAAGUCCGAUUUUUUAUUUUUUGGCACCUUUACAGCUUUGGCCAGAACUGGGCGUUCCCGAGGCUGCGGUCUGGGAUUUGCUGUAAUUUUAAGAGCCCCGGAAAGUUGUGACGGCACAAGGAACUUCAAGUGUUUGACAGAUUCGGUGCAUACCUUUUAAGAUUAAAUAUUUAUGAAAGAGCUUUAAAGAUAAUCUGGUAGAAUGGUUGGCCUUAGAAAACACACAACUCAUCCCAAAAAUAUCGCGUUUCAUUAAACUACUAUAUGGAUGGAAACAAUCACAAAAAAAUACUAGUAUUUUCUGCUCUGAUGACGUCUGCAGAGUCAUGAUAAAAGAGUCCCCUGCCUCCCAUGAGACACUGUGAAACAAAUAAACCAGUGUCACAGCUAAGUUCAAACACACACACACAGGAUGUUUAUUUAAAACUCUGAACAAACUGUGUGAGCCUCACAGUAGAGAUUCAGAAAUCUGGUGACAUAAUAAUUCACAGCGUGCUAAACCUGCCUCCUGCGUAGUAAACUUCACCUCCAUCCAUAUGCUUUUGGAAGGGUUCCAUUCAGCCUAUGAAAGCCUUGUUGUUCUCCACAGAACAAAGAGUUGGAACGCACCCCAACAACAGCGUGAGCUCAUGGAAGAAGUAAUUAUGUGCCAGACAUACGUCCUGCCCGUGAAGGGGCCAUUACUGCUCGCAAUGUUACGGACGCACAGUUUGUUUGUUGUCACUGCUCUUGUAAUAUGUGUUGCGUUUUGCAAGUGUGACUGUGUAUACUUAUGAGAUCCAUUGAACAGAUGCAUAUUAGACAUUGAAGUGGUUGUCUCUUCUUCUACCAGCAGCAGAGGAUGUCCAGAGCUGACUGGUCUUUUCUAGAGCACCUACUUGAGGAGGGCCAGGAGUAUUCGACGGGCAUCGGCCGCGUCUGGCUCACCGUCCUCUUCCUCUUCCGCAUGUUGGCUCUGGGCACGGCGGCCGGUCCGGCCUGGGACGACGAGCAGACCGACUUUGUUUGUAACACGCAGCAACCUGGGUGCACCUCUGUCUGCUACGACAGAGCCUUCCCCAUCUCCCACUUCCGUUACUUCCUCCUCCAGAUCAUCUUCGUCUCCACGCCGACCAUAUUCUACUUUGGCUACGUGGCGAUCAGAACGAGGAAGGACAAGACAGAGCAGGAGCCGGCCAACAAGAAGAUAGUUGUCGUUCAGUGGAAGGAAGAGAAGGUGGAAAACAAGCCAACUGGGGACGAUAAUGUCGCGAAAGUCGAGGCCAGGAGGCCCAAAGAGCCUCCAAAACUCAAAGGGAGGCUGCUUUGUGCGUAUACAUUCAGCAUCCUCCUAAAGGUGAUCUUGGAGGUGGCCUUUAUUGUGGGGCUGUGGUUCCUUUAUGAUGGCUUUUCCAUCGCGCCGAAGUACGAGUGCCAAAGAUUUCCAUGCCCUCACAUCGUCGACUGCUUUGUCUCUCGGCCGACUGAGAAGACCAUCUUUACGUUCUACAGUCAGGGCAUCGCAGCCAUCUCCCUGUUGCUGAACAUCAUUGAGCUGUUCCACCUCUUACAGCUUGCCGUCACCCACCGACUUGAGAAGCGCUAUCAUCUUCAGGAUUACCGCUCCACGAAGGUAUUGGUUCCACAACUGGAGAACAGUGCGAGUAUAACCGAACUUCCGUUGUCAGAAGAAGCCACCAGCUACUCCAGCGCACAAGACAGCAACCUUGGUAUCUCAAGUCACAUGAUUGGACCGACUGUUUCGUCGGCCGACCUGCUUCCUGGUUACAGCAACUAUUUCCGUACAAUGAAGCUGGCUUACAGCCAGAGAUCCCCGUGUGAAAAAAAAAGGACCCUGAAGGUUGGUCCCAAAGCAAACCCUGGCGGCCGAAUGCAAAUGAAGCAGUAUGUAUGACAAUCAGAACUGCUUUGCACGUGUACUUUAUCAAAUAAAUGAAAAACACUGUGAAGGAUUCUGCGCUCGAAUCGACAAAUAAACGGUGCUAUUGAGUUUUAGAACAUUGCACGGGCAGAAAUGAGCCCGAAGACAGUCACAAGACCAGCACAGUCCUUUUAAGUCUUUUGUAGCUCCAAGUGUUGGACAGACAGCACUUUCUUUCAGAGAUGAUUCGUUGUUCAGGAUCAACACUGAUUCGCAUUUUCACCCUUUGUUGCUCUGAGGACCGCUCUGUGCACAAUAUGGAAUGCGCUGCUCUUUGCUCCCGGGAGGAAAAUGGCAGUGCAGAUGCAGUCAUGCAUGUGUCCACAUUCACAGUGUCUUCCACAUUACAGAGUGGCACUCAGGGAUUUGUAGUCAUUUCAGUUUUGGGGUUAUGUUCUCAAUAAGCAGAAUAUCAGUCCCUCCAUUCCUGCUUUGCUUAGUGUUGUUUGCUUAGUAUGGCAGUUAUUUAAUUUUUUUUAUUUCAACAGUGCCUAACAGUAUUGUUAGCCUUCAUCUUGUAUUCACUUCAUUUUAACCAUGUUUGUGCCGGUUCCCUUUGUUAAUCUUACUUUUUGAAUUUGAAAGUGCAUUGAAAUAUGCUCACGUUUAAGUUAUUGAUAAACUUGUUGAAAUUUCAUGACUUCUAACCAGUAGGUACAGCCAUUUACUUGUACUCACAUUCGCUUUCCAUUCGCGUGCAAGCUGGUACAAUCCGAAAAGAUGGCCAAAUAAUUCCGAACCAAAAUAAAUACUGGUAUCUCAAGACUUUGCAAUCCUGGUAUAACAGCCCAACUGUUGUCAUAAGACCUACAUUGUGUCAUCUAUGGAGUUUGUUUCACCUUUUGGUUUUGCUGUUUUACAACUUUUCAAUUAGACUCUGGAGGAGGAAAGUGCAUGUAUGUACGUGAAGCAAAACAAGACGAAUGGAGCGUGGUGUGGAAGUUGUCCUGUCAGAUGCAUGGUUCACAGAGCAAACUGGUACAAAGCAAACAUCCUCAGCCUUCACUUAUUGACGUGCUGUUUUUUUUUGGAAAAGCAGAUGUACAUUUUCCAGGCGUCAAAAUAAAUGUUACUGACAUGAAGUUUGCUUGCAACUGGGUUUCACUCAAUGGUUCAACCAUGUUUUCAGUCACCUGAUUGACUUGACUUGCGAUGCCGAGCCGUCCAUUAAUCUGCUGAAAUGUCAGUGGUUUCAUCUCACCUAAUUCGUGGGCAUUGAUUCAAGGUGUAAGCAAAUGAUAAAAAGGGAGGCACAUAACAUGCCAUGGUAGCGAAAUUGGAGUGGACAGGGAUGUCAUGUUUGCUGUAUGAGCCUGACCCAAGUGCAAGAUGGCCGCCAAUAAACAGGAGACUCCGUCAACGAGGUUAACAGUUAGCAAAGAUUUAAUACAGAUAACACAAAAUAAAACACGAACAAUACAGUAACCCAAGGCGUCGACUCCAGAAGCGGAGCGAGGAAGACGAACACGAUAGGAGGGGAAAAAACCUGAAACAGAAAACAGGUGUAAGAUCUACAGCACUGAAAAUGGGGACAACCGAAAGAUGCGCUCGGAAAAACGAUACUCACGAGGCUAUACAGAACAAAAGGCGCUCGGUCGUGGCAUAAACACACACAAACCCGAGGAAGCUAAACACCACACGGUCUAACAAAGGAAGCGAGUUAGCAAACACUCGUGUACAAGUCACUAAUCGCAAUCAACACUGAGAACAAUAAGGAGAGCCGAAGAACGAAGAGAAGAACGCGGAGAACAAAGAUACAAAAAACAGAGUCACAAGAGAUCAACGGGUUGAGAGAGAACUUCACCAUUCGAACACAAACGAUCAUCUGGCAGCACCUGCUGGAUCUCCAGGGUGUAAGUCUCCACGGGUGUAAUGUGAUCCAGCUUGCGCUGCCAUUAAGCUGGAGAGAGUGAGGAAACAAACAGGAAACAGGGAACACAGGAAGUAACAAUAUAAAAGCACACAAAAACCAAAACCCUAACAAGGGACUCUUUAAUUUCGUGUCAUUUGACCAGUAUCUUGCACAUACAGCUUUUUAAAGUUAUUUCUGCUGACAAUGUAUUUAUAUAUUUAAAA